AUGAAGCUUCUUAGCAUAAUGGUCUUCCGUGCCACUGCAAGCGUUGGCCUGGCAGCUACCUGUUCAGGCCCAAGGCAAUGCCAAUGCUUGUUCGCAGAUGGCUCUCACUGUUGUCUCUAUGGAUCUAAUGCGGAGACUGGCGAUGAUUACGACUGCACACGUUUGUGUACAGGAGCUAGUCGCCUGCUCCAAAGUGGUGAAGACACCCCAGCAAAGUGCAAUGCAGGCGGAUCUUUCUCCUGCGCCUCCAUCUUCACCGCUCAGGGUCGCACUCCAUGCUACAACAAUGCUGAGAUUUGCUCGCGAGGGUCCUUAAGACAUUUCUGA